AUGGCAGCCACUGGGCCUUACAAUUAUUCAUAUAUUUUCAAAUAUAUUAUAAUUGGUGAGUAUAGCCUUCUUGUUGCCAAAUAUAGUUUUCCUGUAGAGGUUUUAAAAUGGUGUUAUUGAUGGAUGUACAUUACAUAAGUACAAUAUUAAGAGGUUUUAAUAUAUUAAAUUGCAUACUUAAUUGUUUAAAGGUUGAGCAAAUCUGUGUUAAAAUGACAACAACAUUCUCUGAUUAGGGAAUGUUGACAUCUAGGUUCCAUUCCACAGUCUUGGACUUGUUCUUACUAUAAAAUGUGGAAUGGAUACUUAAUUACAAGCCAGUGUACUUUGCACCUUAAUGCACCAAUGAAAAUAUUUGAUGCAUGAAUUAUGCAUAUUACCACAUGUUUUGGUGGGUGCAAGGAUUCAUGAUUAGUUGACGUGUAUGGUGAAAUGUAAAAUUCCCUUUACAUUAAUACAUUCUAUCAUAAACGCAAGUAUUUUAGCUCUAUGAUGGCAUGCAUGUCAAUAAUUACUGAUGACAUGCUUUUAAUGAUGCAUUAGCCUGAGUAUCCGGCUCUUGCCAUCCCGCCCUCUGGCUCUAUUUUGCCAUCCCGCUCUCACUGCCAUCCUGCCUUCCAAGAGAGUUUAUUAUACUUAGGGCCUGUUCAUAUGGGCAAAAGUUAUCCCGGUUAGCGAGAAAACUUUUCAACAAGUUUACAAGCGAGAUCUCGCCUUGGUAUGAAAAUAAUAUGAAAAGUUACACUGCGUUCAUAUGAGACAAAAAGUUUUCCUGUGUACCGAGAUCAAGAUUGCUUGUUGACAGGCGAGAUCUCGGUGACCGGGAUAAAUUAUGUUUUUCCCAUAUGAACACAACUUUCCCGCUUAGCGGGAUAACUUUCUGUCGUGUCAGCAACUUUUCAAUUCAAUUGAUGUUCAGUGCCAUGUCACAGCCGAAAACUUUACCCAGUAAGUGGGAUAAAGUUUUUCCAUAUGAACAGAACAAAAGUAUUUGGCUAGUCGAAAAGUUUUCUCGUUAACCGGGAUAACUUUUGCCCAUAUGAACAGGCCCUUAGUAGCCAAUCAAAAUGUCCAAGGGGAAAUGUCAAUUUGAUUGAUAUGUCUGUAAUAAAAUGUGAGGGGGGUAGGGGUGCACCGGAACCAUUUUUUUAAGUUCCGGCAGGAACCGGACCUGAUUUAUUAAGCCAUAUAUAUAGUCAUAUGUUACAUUGUCUGCUGCCAGACAGGCAGACACUUCACGUCAUCAAGGAGAGAGCUCGCAAAUGUUAGAAUAAAAAGGUUGACAAACGUUAAAUGUCAUAAUGAAGUGUCGAUGGUGUAUAUUUUCUUUGUGUAGUCCAAAUUUCUUCCUACUGUGAACUUUUGUUAGACACAAAAACAUUUUUAUAUUCUCAUUUUUAUAUCUCUCUGAAAAUAACAGAGUUCCGGCCAUGCUUUUUUUAUUAGUUUCGGAUGGAACCGGAACUCUGAAAAAUCGGGGUUGUGGCCAUAACUAAUUGGUGCACUGGGGGAGGGGCGAGAACAAAUUUGCAAUAACAGGAUGAAAUCUAUUUGUGUACCACUCCUUAGCCUUCUCUUACUAUCAUUUCAGGUGAUAUGGGUGUUGGAAAAUCUUGUCUACUUCACCAAUUUACAGAGAAGAAAUGUAUAAGAAAUUUACUUUAUUAUGUGUCUCUAAUCUUUCUUCUGUUUAUUUAGAGUGUUCCCUGUUAUGCCUUACUUUAUGUUUUCCCCCUUGUACACACAAUCACAUGUAGAGUUAUGCUAUUUUAUUGUUCAAUUCUUGUUUGCAAACAGUUGAUGUUUACAGUCGAUUUCAUGAAACUUUGACCACAAAUAUUCCGAACUUCUUUGCGAAGUUUGCAAGUUUGUUGCGAAGUUCAAAAGUUCAUAAUGAGAUUCACAAACCAGUUUGUAAACUACACAUUUGAUUGGCUUCUACUACUUCAGGGACCAAUCAGGGACUUUGUUUACAGAUUGGCUUGUGGAUUCCAAUAUGAACUUCCGAAAUUUGCAACAAAGUUCGGAACAUUUGUGAUCAAAGUUUUGUGAAAUUGACUGUAAUUUAAACUCGUGUUGAAGUAUUACACAAAGCAGUGCAUGAAAUCGGGCAAUCUUGCUUAAAGCUAUUUUAACACUAAUAUACACAUUGUCUUUACCUGCACAUAUCUCAACUUGUCGAAAACUGCAUUUUGCAAUGUUGUUACCAAAACCAGGACAAGUUCCUCUUGCCUGAAAAACGUGCCAUGUUUUAGUGUAUAAACAAUCAGGAAUGCAUCUACAUUCAUAUGCAUUUUUCUGCUGAAAUGUCAAACUAUUAUUAGCAAUCUCAGCGUAAUUUCUCAUGGACCAAUCAAAUAUUGUCAUUCCCAAGAUGUCAAUUUCAAGACGUUAAGAAUGUAGUCACAUUCCUGAAUGUUUUAACGUGAAAACAUGACACUCUUUUUCCAAGCAACAUGAAGUUUUUGUAAUAUAUGAUGUAGCUAUGUGAGCCAAGGCAUAAAAAAAAUACCUAUGGUUCCAGUUUGAUAUCGUGAAAAAAUUAGGGUUGGUAGGUUGGAAAUAAUUUUUUUUCUUAUUUUUUUCAUAUUUUUGCAGUAGAGUCCCGACAUCAAUAUUAACUAGAAAUGCGUAUUCCCUAUGGAUUAAUUUAGGCAAUUUUAAUUAGUGUGACAACAGACACUAUUUUGGCAGGCUGUAUGAGCAGCCCGCAACCACCUGGAGAAAAUAGGGUCGCACAGUCAAUCGCAUUGAAAAAACAAUAGGGUCGGCAGAAAAACAUAGGGUUUUUUUGAAUAUUUUUUUCAUGGUUUUUUCAAUAAUUAGUGUGACAACAGAUGCCAUUUUGGCAGCAGCCUGCAACCACCCAUAGAAAAUAGGGUCGCACAGUCAAUCGCGUUGAAAAAAUAAUAGGGUGGGCAGAAAAAAUAGGGGCUGUCAGGAACCGGAACCACAGGUAUUUUUUUACACCCAAGCUAUCGUAACAUAAAAUAACAUCACUCAAAGGGUGACUGUCUGCCUUUGUUUAUGUUGUAUUAGUUAUGGCUGACUGUCCUCACACAAUUGGUGUGGAAUUUGGGACAAGAAUUAUCGAAGUUGCUGGUCAAAAAAUAAAACUACAGAUAUGGGACACAGCUGGUCAGGAGAGGUUUAGGUAAGAUCACAAACAAUGGGUUAAGAUUACAGACAUUUAUCACCACCCCCCUGAAAAUAUUCACAAUGGCAGACGUUGCAAAGUGUGAGUGCCUCUCAUAAGCACACUGCAUGGCACUACCCCCUCUCUCAAAAAUAUUUUGAACCACCUUGGAACGUUUUCCCAUUCCACCUGGAGAAAUUAGCAUCCCCCCCCAAAAAAGUUAAAUGCUCAUUGGAUUAAAUUACAGUACUGCGAUUAGAAUAAAGAUUUUGAACUAAAUAAGACCAAAAGCAAAUGUGCCCCCAGACCCCUGCUGCACAGUUUGCUUGGGGGCGAUACAACCCCUUGCUCACCUUCCCCUUUUAAUUUUCGGCACCCCCCAGAGCUGAAUCUGAAGAUCUGUCCAUGGUUCAGGUACCAAAAUAAAAGGAUAAAUAUAAAUGGCUGCAGUGUGGUGGCUCCCAGCUGUGUUUGAGAAUAGAGUUUGAAUGCUACAAUAUACAUGAAACAUUUCUCAUUUCUGAUUGGCUAAGGGGCUGAUUACAUGGUGCCGGGCUGGCCCAGUUAACCGGACUGACUCGUUUGUUUAGGACCUUACUGUGGUUUUAAAACUUGUGUAAAAUAAAUUUGCGAUAAAUAAUUGGUUUAGCAUAGAUGCAAAAUCAUCCUAAACCUGAUUGAAAACUAAUUUUGCGGCCCAGGGAAGAUUUUCGUGACAUUUUUCAGCCUGGUUAACCGGGCUGGCCAGGUCCAUGUAAUCAGCCCGUAAGAGCAGUGCAAUGUUUUGAAAUACAUUGCCAGAAAAUGAAAUACAGUGCAAAAAAAUGAAAUACAGUGCAAAUUUUUAAAGAUUUUCUUAAUAUUUUAUUUUAAUAUUCCUAAUUUCUAAAUGUGACUUACACACAUGAUUGCAUAUUUUUUCAUGAAAAUUAUAUAGAGAAUAAUACAUGGGUGCGCGGAAAUACCAGAUUUAUUUCGAGUGUUGAACAUGAUAAAGGACAGUCUUUGAAAAACGAUAAUUUUUACAGAAAAGCGAUAAUUGAAAAGCGAUAAUUUUCACAUGUGAGAUUAUCAUGAAUAAUCUCACAUGUGAGAUUGUUACUUUUAUCAGUGCUCGAAAUCUCUAUAAAGCACUAUACUUUAUAUAAUAAUAAUAAGUAAUAGUAUGGUUUCUCGUGCAAUUUGAAAAAACAUACACUCGCGAGUUUUUCAAAGACUUCAAAUUGCACUCGCCCUUUGGACUCGUGCAAUUUUGAUAGUCUUUGUAAAACUCGUUCAUGCAUGUGUUUCCCAAAUAAAUCUUUCCCCUUAUAACCAAAAUUUUGAUCUAGGCAAGUCUAGACAAAUAUUUCAUCACAGCUUGAAAGAGCAUCACAAAAUGAGUAAUAUUCCAAAGUUUCGUUGCGAAAUGUUGUAAAAUGAGGAAAAUAGAGCCUUGCGAAGUUUGCAAUUUUCAGUCAUUUUGCAUUACAAACGGAAAUUGCAGCCCAACACCCGAAUCGGAUGUCAAUUUCCCGUUUGUAAUACAAAAUGACUGAAAAACGGCAAACUUCGCAAGGCUAUAUUAUCCGCAUUUUACAAGAUUUUGCAACAAAACUUUGGAAUAUUACUAAUUUUGUGAUGCUCUUUCAAGCUGUGAUGAAAUUUUUGUCUAGAUCGAAAUUUUAGUUAUAAGGGGAAAAGUCCAUGCCACUCAAAACCAUACUAUUACCUAUACAUAUAAUAUUUUGUUUAUUAUGUAGGGCUGUAACAAGAAGUUAUUAUAGAGGAGCUGCUGGGGCCUUGAUGGUUUAUGAUAUUACUAGGUAAUAUAUCUUAAACUUGAGUAAUGAUAAUGAAGCUUAAUGAGGUUUAUCAUCUCAUCUAUUGUUUGAAUUGCAUUCGACGCGACCGAAAUUCGACGUAUAAAACGGGCCUUACUUAAAGUGGCACUGUCAUGAAAAUUUUUAUUGUCUCAAAUGAAAGAACUCUAAAAACUGUAAACUUAAGUAACUUCUUUUGAAAAAAUUGGUUCCCAUGGUUUGUUCUUGAGAUAUUUCAUUUUCGUUGAAACCAUGUGAUGUCAUUUACUCAUAAUGGCAUACUGUAUCAGUAAAUGUUAUGUAUAUUUGCUAUUUUUGACAGAUUUGUUUUAAAAAAAACCCAGUAUGCUUAAUUAACCCAUUGAGGCAGCUAGCUCGGCUACUUGUAUGUAUUUUCACCCCACACGUUGGGAAAACUGCUCUAUGGUGUCCUAGGAGAGACAUCAACAUUUUCGUUUCAUUUUAAAAUUUAUUUGCAUUCAAUUUACAUUUAAUGUAUUUUUAUUUUUAAAAUUUAUCUUUUUCUUGUUUCUAUUUUGUUUUAAAUAGUAUUUAAAACGUUUCAACUCAGUUGGUUUUAAUUUAAAAUUAAUGAUGUCUCUUCUCGGACAUGACGAUUUAAAAAAAUAUAUCCUCAUGUCCGAGAAGAGACAUUAAAUCACAGAUUAAGUAUGACCAGAUGUGAAACUUAAUAGGACUUCGUCAGAGAAUAAAGACAUACAGAAGGUCGACUCGAGUAACCGCUGCCACGCCAUGAUUUGUCAUGAAAAUGCUGACGGUCCUAGCCAGUGCACUUAUGAGAGGCAUCCCCCCUGGAUGUCCACCAUUCUGAAUAUUAUCAGGGGGUGAAUGCCUCUCAAACGCGCACUGGUUAGGACCAUGGCGUCAGUAUUUUAAUGACGAAUUACGGUUACGCCAAAAUCGUUGGAAAAUCAUAGGAAAACCAAAAGUUGGGCAACUGUGUAGCCUAUAUCUGUGACUUCGUGUCCUCAAAUUUCCCUAGAUCACAGAUGAUAGAUAAUACCAGAUGAAUCACUCAGCCAAAAUUGUGUCCGCGGUUUUUUAUGAGCACGCGUUGGCCGCUAGGCUUCUACAGAUUAUGCUCGGCAACUUUUUGGCAACUUUUUGCAUUUGAAACAACUUUUUAUGAUAUCAGCAACUUCCUCCAGGAAAUGCAUAAUUUUUGGAAAUUUCUGGCAAUAUAGACCUUGUUGCUAAUUUUAUUUAUAGAAAGAUAAAGAAAUGCUUGAUAGCCUUAAAUCCCUUGAUCCAUAUUCAAGCUCGUUUUCUUGGUCAUAUGAAAAAAUAGCGCCACAAGGCUCCAAAAUAUUUUCCUUAUCCUUGGCCAUUUGACAAACAUUUUGCUUACCAUUACUUCUACAGUUUGGGAGAUCCUAUGGCAAUCAGCAGCUUGACAUAUUUGCAAACAUCCAUAACAACCUCCAUAACUGCAAGUUACAUUAAUUUGCUAAUUGCUGGCGACUCAGACCAGUUCGCAAAUUCAGUUUAUGACUGUUUAUCAAACCCAACAAUGGUGCAGUUUGAAAGUAUCACGAAAGUUCAUGUGCCUAAUAGUAAUACACUAUUAUAAAUACAUUUGAGAAAUAGAGUCUGUUGAUUAUUCAUAGCUGCAGUAUGUUCCAAACCGAAGAAAGGUUUACUGAAAAAUGCUGAGAAAUAGUUAUCUCAUUUUCGCGACCUGCUACCACAGAAUAAGACUAGAAUAGGAAUGUUAAUUGAAUUCAAUAGUAUUUCAGUAUAUCAUACACAAAAUUGAAUGUUAUUUUCGCUUGAAAACAAUUAAAAGCGAUUUGUUUAUGACCCCACAAUAUUUAUGAUGAAGAAAAGGCGGUGAAAUACUAAUGCUGGGAGAAGCGUCAUGUAUGUCUUGUUCGUUACGAGAAACGCUUGACAUUUUACGAGCAACUUUUUUUCAAUUUUCGAGCAACUUUUGAACAAUUAUUCAAAUUUCGAGCAACUUUUGAGCAACUUAUUCGAUUUUCAAGCAACUUUUGAGCAUUUUUAGAGCACAAUUUCAGCAUUUUCGUAGCAUAAUCUGUAGAAGCCUACUGGCCGCCAUUUUGGCAGUAAGUGUAAUCCACGCCAUGAAACGUGAGCAAUCACGCAUUUUGGCAGUAAGCGCCAUUUUGGCAGUAAGCUUCAGUAAUACUUUAUCAAUAAUCAUUGAUAAAAUUAGCUUUUAAAUUCUUUUUUAAUGAGGAAAGAGAUAGAACUUUUUUUGUUUCAUCAAGAGAGUUCCAUAUUUUUGCUCCUUGAUAUCUUAUGUUGAAAAUUCCAUAAUUUGUUCUUGUUUUGGGAAUCAGAGUAGGAUGAUUUGGAUGCAAGUCUACACGGGUAAAAAUUGAUCAGGUUGUUCGGCGUUGUUCAAACAGGAGUGAACAAUGUUGUGCUGCACCCCGUGAACAAUAUUGUUAACAAGUUGUUCAACCAUCAGUACUGUUGCAAGUUGUUAACAUGAUUGUCAACAAGUUGCAACAAUGUUGAUGGUUGAACAACUUGUUAACAAUAUUGUUCACGGGGUGCAGCACAACAUUGUUCGCUCCUGUUUUGAACAACUUGCAUCAACAUGAUGAUUUUUACGCGUGUAGUAUUGUAAUUAUGCGCCUAAUUUGACAAUCCUGGACAGCGCUAAAUCACGUUAAUGCACUGAGCUAUAUAGAUAUAAUCACAGAUUAAGAACAAAUGUGUAACUUCAGUAAAAAAGUUGUCCCACGGUCGCCAUCUUCCUAUCAAGUGUCGCUCGCGUGAUAAUUCGUCAUUUGGUAAUACGUCUUGCUUUCAAAAAUGCUUUCAACACCUUUUCAACAACUUUAAUUGCUUUCAACAACUUUAAACAUUUAACAUAUCAAUGUUUAAUAAAAAAAAUUUCGAUCCAAAAAGGCCGCAAUAAAGUGCAAAAAAAUUAAAAGUUCGUGUUUUUCAGGACGCCAUUUUGCUAGCAAGUGUGAUGGCGUGAGCAUGACGUGUAUGUACAUCUAGGGAAAUUUGAGGAUACGAAGUCACAGAUAUAGGCUACACAGUUGCCCAACUUUUUGGCUUUUCCUAUGAUUUUCCAACGAUUUUGGCGUAACCGUAAUUCGUCAUCAAAAUGCUGACGCCAUGGUCCUAAACAGUCCGCGUUUGAGAGGCAUUCAUCCCCCUGAUAAUAUUCAGAAUGGCGGACAUCCAGGGGGAUGCUUCUCAUAAGCGCACUGGCUAGGACCGUCAACAUUUUUUUCAUGACGAAUCAUGGCGUGGCAGCGGUUACUCGAGUCGACCUUCCGUAUGUCUUUAUUCUGUGACGAAGUCCUAUUAAGUUUCACAUCUGGUCAUACUUAAUCUGUGAUUUAAUGUCUCUUCUCGGACAUGAGGAUUUUUUUUUUAAAUCGUCAUGUCCGAGAAGAGACAUCAUUAAUUUUUAAAUUAAAACCAACUGAGUUGAAACGUUUUAAAAUAAUUUAAAACAAAAUAGAAACAAGAAAAAGAUAAAUUUUAAAAAUAAAAAUACAUUAAAUGUAAUUUGAAUGCAAAUAAAUUUAAAAAUGAAACAAAAAUGUUGAUGUCUCUCCUAGGACACCAUACUGCUCAGCAACAAUAUAAAUGACAAAAUCAUUUGCAUUUUCCUCCAUUUUGUUCCAAGUCACAUGAACAAACCAUGGUUUGUCAUUGGCUAAUUAAUUCAAACAGCUCAGCACUUAGUUCACAACAUCCGCAGACGCUGAGAUUUUUUCCUCGCGAGGUGAAAAAUAUCAAACACGAUAGAUAUUUUCCUCAAGGCCUCGAGAGGUCAAAUCCUCACGAAAACUAUCCGCACACGAGAGCAACUUGCUGAGCUAACCGCCUCGCGAGGCGGCUAGCUCACCAAGUUGCUCUCGUGUGCGGCGGGCUUAACAUGCAAGUUGUCUAUUCCUAUGCCAUCAAAGGCAAUCAUGACUUGUUAUUUUCAACUUCCAGGAGGAGUACCUACAAUCAUCUAAGUAGUUGGCUUACAGAUGCUAGAAAUUUAACCAAUCCUAACACAGUAAGUUUUGGCAAUGGUAGAAAUUGUAUUUAUACUAGAUAAUUCUAUCUGUCUUUAACUUGAGCUGACAGUUGUUGUACACAUGUUGGGCUAAUAGUGUUUGUCAUUUUCUUCCAUUUGUCAGGUUAUAUUUUUGAUUGGCAAUAAAUCUGACUUAGAUGCUCAAAGGGAUGUUACUUAUGACGAAGCAAAACAAUUUGCAGAGGAAAAUGGUAUUUAAUGUUCCCAAACAAUAUAGUUCUAUAUAAUGACAAAUAAAUUUCUUAAAGCUUUCAAAAAAAUCUCUCAGUCCUUUGUGGUGUUUCAACCAUAACCUUUAUACUUUUUAUUAAAUUUUCACAGGAUUGUUAUAUUGUGAAGCUAGUGCCAAAACGUAAGCUUUUACAUAUAUUUAUUAAUUAAAGGAAAUUUAUGGUAGUGCUGUUGUUUCACCCUUAUUGACUGCUUGCUCCCCUCCACCCCACCCACCUAGCCUACUUGUACUACAACUAUGUGUAUUCCCCCUCCUCUAUGAUGAGUUUGUGAUAUGUCAUGGAGUGUCAGUGGCGUAGCCAGCCCGAGAAUUUAGUUCAGCUAUGCAAAUUCAAAAUUAUUCUCAUUGUUCAUUUCUUUAGAAAUUGAUUGUUUGCACAGUCAAUGAACACGAAAGUAUUUGCAUAGCGGGACUAAAUCAGGGUUGGUAAGUUAGAUGAAUAAUUAGGCCAAAUCGUCAUUAGUGCCGUUUAGAAAGCAAAGAAAACAAAAGGCCAAGACAAAGAAAACAAAGGCCUAGUGUGACGGUGUUUGGCCUAAUUAUUCAGCAAACCUACCAAUCCUGGUAAAUCGUUGGGCUAGCUACGCUACUGCAGGGCGCGAAAUAACGGUCGGUCAACGGACAAUGUCCGGCCAGAAUGCGAAGUUGUCCAGUCAAAUUCUUACCUUGCCGGUCAUUUUGACCGGUCACUUUCGGUAAAAGAACAAACUAAUCUUCAUUUUAUAAUAAUAAUCAAAAUAAAGUGGUCAAGUACAGUAUUAUAAUUAAGAACCAUAACAUGCAUGUUGUCGAAUAUUUUGCAGGAAAACAACUUCAAUGUACACCAGUUUUCGCACGCAGUACGUCACCAAGCUCAUGGGCCAUGGCCAUGCCUUUGGCUUAAGAGCUAAGACCAUGCUUUUAGCCCAGUACAAGCUGUUUUAUGUGAAGGAAAUUUUUAAUCAGUGAUUACAGCAAGGCUUUUUGUACUGCUAUACUGGGAAAAUGGUCACAUUUUUAGGAGUAUACUUUACUAGGCUUUGCUUUAAGCUGAAUAAUUUGACCGACCAGAAAUUCGGUAUGUCCGAGCUAAAAUUGAGUUGGCCGGUCACCUUGACCGCCGACCCUCCAGCCGUUAUUUCGCGCCCUGAUUUAACUGUGGAGUGUUGUGAUAUAUACAUUUAUAUAAGUGAUAAUGUACUGUGUAGUUUUUUUUUGCAUUUUAAAUUCAUAAUAGUAACUAAUUUAGGGGAGAAAAUGUUGAAGAAGCUUUCCUGGAAACAGCUAAAAAGAUUUAUCAGAAUAUUCAAGAUGGAAGGUUCAAUAUGCUUGGCUUUGAUCUUCUUACGUUUCCUUGUGUCUUGCUGGUUUCAAUUCUCCUCCUGCAGUAACACCGGAUCAAUAUGAGAUGUCUCCUACUGAACCUUUACCAAGAACAGUUUAGAACUGAUAGAGCUACCCAGAAUAAAUAAAGUUAGUUUAGGUUUCCUCCUGUAGUAACACUGGAUCAAUAUGAGAUGUCUUUUACUGGACGUCUACGAAGAACAGUUUAGAACUGAUAAACUGAUAGAGCUACUCAGCAUAAAUAAAGUUAGUUUAGUAUAAGGUUCCUCCUGUAAUAAUACUCAAUUACUUGGAGAUGAUCUUUACUGGACCUCUAGGGAGAACAUUUUAGAAUUGAUAGAGCUGAGAAGUUAGAAUUUAGUUUCUGCACUAAUACUGGAUCAAUAAGAGAUGGCUCUAGCUGAAUCUCCAGGGGAACAGUUUAGAACUGGUAGAGGUCCCCUCUUGUAGUAACACUGGAUCAACAAGACAUGAUCCUUACUGGACCUCUAGGAAGAACAGUUUAGAACUGAUAGAGGUACCCGUCAUAAAUAAAGUUAGUUUAGUUUAGGUUUCGUCCUGUAGUAACACUGAAUCACUUGAAGAUCACUUUUACUGGACCUCUAGGGAGAACAUUUUAGAACUGAUAGCAGAUAGAGCUAUCCAGUAUAAAUAAAGUUAAUUUAAUAUAGAUUUCCUCCUGUAAUAAUACUCGAUUACUUGGAGAGGAUCUUUACUUUUUUUUAUAUAAACGUAUAUAUUUAUUAAAUGGCGUUUUCCCAAGAGCUAUGAAGCUCAUCGAGGGAGAACAUUUUAGGGAGAACAUUUUAGAACUUAUAGAGCUGAGAAGUUAGAAUUUAAUUUAGUUUUUUUCCUGCACUAAUACUGGACCAAUAGAGAUCACCCUAGCUGAAUCUCCAGGGGAACAGUUUAGAACUGAUACAGCUAUCCAGUAUAAAUAAACUUAGUUUAGUUUAGGUUUCCUCCUGUAGUAACACUGGAUCAAUAAGAGAUGAUCCUUACUGGACCUCUAGGAAGAACAGUUUAGAACUGAUAGAGCUACCCAUCAUAAAUAAAGUUAGUUUAGUUUAGGUUUCGUCCUGUAGUAACACUGAAUCACUUGGAGAUCACUUUACUGGACCUCUAGGGAGAGAACAUUUUAGAACUGAUAGAGCUAUCCAGUAUAAAUAAAGUUAGUUUAGUUUAGGUUUCGUCCUGUAGUAACACUGGAUCAAUAAGACAUGAUCCUAGCUGAAUCUCCAGGGGAACAGUUUAGAACUGAUAGUGCUAUUUUGUAUAAAUGAAGCCAACUUAGUUUAUUAACAAAUUUUCGAUCAUAUUUUCAGUUUGGACUUAAACGCAGCCGAGUCUGGCGUUCAACACAAACCACUUGCUGGACGAGCCCCAAAUGCUAUCGCGACGGAUCAGAAGGAAUCUCAAGACAAAUGUAACUGCUAA